GUCCGUUUAAGUAAUUCCUUGGGCGAAGACAUGUCCGGCGACGGACGAGGCCGGGUGGCCGAUCAACAACGUGGAAGUGGUUGGAUCCCGCUGGUGUUGAUCUCUAGAAGAGGUGGUUUUUUGCAGCGUGAUAUUGAAGACAUCUGGUUGUGAGGGACCAUAAGACGUGUUGACCACGUGCGAGUAUAGUUCUGGUUGUGGGCGAAAGCCGUUAACCAAAAAAAAAAAAAAAAAAAAAAAUUUUGUUUUCCUUGCGAGAACAAAGGUUGUGUACGAAACGGAAGGAAAUGUAAGUAAUCAUUUAAUAUUUCUGUAAUUGUGCUUCCAUGUGUAAUGAGAAACGAUGAGUAUCGGCCGUAGAAAUGCGCAGGGCGUUUGCCCCAUUUCAUUCGCCAAGUUGCUGCAUACUCGGUACAAAGAUAUUGCAGAAAUUGAUAGGCUGCGAUGUGAGAAACACGGCAUUUUUGGCGAAUUGGCACAAACAUUUCUCAGAAGUAAUUGCAUAAAGAAUAGGUUGUUAUUUAUGCAAAAAUGGCGGCAAAAUGUUGGUAAUGUCAGGACAUAUUUCAAAGAUCUCUGUAAGUCAGAUGUUUCACCUAUGUUAAAUAACAGUCAUAAAAUGGCAAGUUCUAUUGUGAAACACGCGGCGUGUGUCUCGGAAGUUAAUCAAGCUAAUACUUCCGUGAAUUCUUUGUGGGCAUUGGUGUGUAGCGAUAUUGGUGUUUUUAACAACAGAAAAAAUAGGUUAAGACUGUAUGAGGGUUGGAAAAGAAACAGAAACAACAUUUGUGAACUGGUCGAGACAAUUUUCACUUACUCUAUUGUUAUGUCCAAUGUAGGUAGUCACCAUUUGCCAGACUAUGUAGCUUCACCUGAAAAUCUUGAAAAACCAGCCCAAAAAAAAUUGCACAUUUCUUCAACAGCUGUGCAAGGUGGUACAUCUAAUAGCAACACGGUUAAACAUCUCGAAGGAGCCACAGUAAGUGCAGGAACAGGAAAUAGCAAUGCAAAUUUGGUGGAUAUAGGAAGUUCAGAAAUCUAUAACAUGGUAUGUUUCUCUUCCAAUGAUAUGUUGGACCAUUUGCAAUGCACUUCAGAGAAAAACGAUAGUUUGUGCGGUACUGAACGUUGCAAAGUCAUAAAUAAUAAUGAAUAUUUCCUAGAUGGUUCAUUGGCAGUUCGUGUAGAUCGCUCAGUAGUCACUGACAAGUUGGAUAAAUUGCACAUCAAUUUCCCAGAUUCAAUACCGAUUUACAUAGAGCAAUCCGUGCAGUAUGAUACUUCAGAUUUUGCAGAUAAUGUUCCUAAUGAAAAUUGUAACGUACAACAAAGGUGUCAUACCCCUGACCUCAAAAAACCAGAGCAUACCACUGCACUUGAAAAUAGUGUGAACGGUGUCCCAAACAUAUUACAAAGUACUGAUAUUGUCGGAAAGCCUGUGUAUCGAUCAAAAACCUUAGAUUUAUAUCCGGUUGCUUAUGGUAGUUGCACUAUAGUCAAUUCAGAGUUGCCUACUCUUUCCUCAAAUGCUCGGCUAUCACGUUUUGAUAAAGAUAAAAUACACUGUUCUUUAAAAGCUGCCCUAAUGGAAAAGUUAAAUAUAAUUUGUGUGUAUAAGUUUUGUUGCUUUCAAAUUCGUUCUAAGGGAAAUGCAGUUGACUAUGCAUCUUGUAAAGAUAAAAAUUGUAAUAAUAUGUAUAGGAUUGACAUGUCGAAUCCAACACCAGGUACGUACGUUAUACAUGUUAGGGCUAGAAAUAUGCAGGGAGACAACCAUGAUAGGAAGACGUGGGAUGUAAGAGGUUGGCAACGUCAGCAACUGAAAAAAAAACUGAAAGAGAAGAGACCAACCACGUAUCGCUAUGAGACUAUCGACAGUAUGGAUGAACAUAUACUUAAUUUGGGAAACAUGCAAGAUGUGAAAAGCAUGAGUGUGGUAAAGAAAGUAAGGUGUGAGGCCCUUGCAGAAGAUGACUUAGAUAAGGAUGAUGUUAAGGAUUUGUUAGAACAGUUUUUGCAGGGUGAAAAUGAUGGAUCAAAAUAUUUGCAGGAAAUUUCUUUACCUUUGGGAGUUUUAAUGUUUUCUAAAGAUCAGUUUGAUGUUAUUAAAAAGUACAAAAAAGAUAUUUCAGUUUUGUUUCUCGAUGCCACUGGAUCCGUAGUACGAAGGCCCACAACUUUCAAAUCUGCAAUUUAUUAUUAUGCCGGAGUAGUUAAUAUUUCAGGUACAGUUUUGCCCCUUUUAGAAUUUAUUUCUGCUCAGCACUCUGCAGCAGCCAUAUCAAAUUAUUUAAUAAAAUUUAAGCGUUGCAUUUUAAAAGAGGUAGGUUCAUGGCCUGUGUUCAAUAAGGUUGUUGUAGAUUAUAGUUUUGCGUUAAUGAAGGCCAUAAUGUUAGGUUGGAAUGAAAUUACGCUUGCCAGGUAUCUGAAAGUAACGCAUAACCUUUGCCAAACAAAUGACGAUUCUGCUUUGCAUUCUCUCGUGACUGUUCAUAUUUGCUGCAGUCAUUUUGUCCAUUUAAUAGCAAGGCAAUUGAAAAAAAACAAUACACCUAAGAAAGUUAGGCCAUUCAUAUUGAAAGUUAUAUGCAUGCUCAUAGUUGCGAGAAGUAUAGAUGAGCAAAAAGCAAUUUUUUCAUUAUUAAUAAUUGUACUUACGAACCAUACUGUUACAAAAAAUGUCAUAAUUAGUCUUGAAGCACUGUCUAACAUUUCAAAAAAGGAAAAAGUCCAAAACAUUCUGGCAGAAUUAAUUCCUGAAAGCAUAUCAUUAAAUGUGAGCGUUCAAAAUGACGAUAUAGAAUCAUUUUUUUCAGAAAAUUUACAUAAAAAUAGUCCAUUUCAUAAAGAAUUUAAAGAAAUUUAUGACAUUAUUUUGGAAAAAAAUUCGCAUGCAGCAGAAAGUGCAAGUAAAAAUAUUUAUUUCAUGCCUUCCUUUGGAAAAGAACUAGUUGAUCGGUACAUGCCCAUGUCACCCUUGUGGUCUCAAAUUCUUCCCAACUGUUCUCAACGGUAUAGUAAUUCCAAUGUUGAAAACUGGUUCUUUCAAACAAAAAGUAAUAUCCUGAAUGGACUCACGCAUUUGAAAGUAGGUCGUUUUGUUAGACACAUGUGUGCCCGUGUUAAAGUAAUUUGCAAAAUGUUGAGGAAUGAUAUACCACGAACAUUUGCUAGGGAAAGGAAAGCAAACAGACAAACAACACCAACAAUUUUAGGCUGUAGCGAAGUUAAAGAUUCAGACCCAGAUGAUCCGGACAGUAUCAUUGUCGAAGAAGUUUGGCAAAAAACGUGUAAGAAACCAAAGACGUAUUUUGAACCAAUGUGUGUCGCAGACAGUAAAAUGGCGUUGGUUCCAAGUGUACCCACAAUUUUAAAAUACAAUAAUAAGGGGUCUGUCAAAGCAUGGCAUUAUACUGAUUUAAUGCAAACAUGUAUUGGAUUGUACGGAGAAGAUGUAUUUGCAGAAGAGGAUUUUAAGACAUUGUUUGGAAGUACGUGGUUGACAGGUGCCGCUAUUGAUGCUUGUGUUGCCUUACUACUAACAGAAUUUAAAGCUGAAGAUAUUAUAUACAUACCUGCUGAAUGGCUUGGAAGUUUUGUCAUUUUUGGGCAAACUCUUGAGCAGGGAGCCGAAAUAAACAACAUUAAAUUAAGCUGUGCUAGUAAAUGCAUCAUUCCGUACAAUACCAAUCAGCACUGGACACUGAUUACGGCAGAUUUUAAUAAAAAAAUAUUUUCCUACAUAGAUCCCAUAGGUGAAGAGGAUAGUGUUUUACCAAACAAGACUACUUCAAAGGCAGAUGAAGCAUUUAAAGUGUUCAAAAAAUUGCUGUCCGAAAGAAAUAAAUUCAGCCCAGAAAAAGUAAAUACAGACAACUGGAAUUCCAGAAGUUGCGCUUAUCACCAAAUUCAAACAGAUUUCAAUAAUUGCGGAAUUUUUGUGAUAUUUUUCAUUCAACAAAUAAUAAAGGGAGCCCCAUUAAAUGAGAAUUUCAAACCAAACAUUAUGCGAAAAGAACUCGUAAAUAAACUAUGUAGCUUUACACAGUCGGGUAAAAAGGUUAAACUCACGCUAGAUAAACUUGAUGUAAAGAAGGACUAUCCUCAUCCAUUGGCUAUGGAUAAUGGUCUCUUUAAUAACACGGAGUACUAUCGUCAUCCAAUAUUUGAAGUUGUAGUAGCUUUGUUCAGUGAUAUCUGCCGGAAUACAAUAAGGGUUCGGGGUUCAGAUUACUGCACUUUUUUUAAUGGGGGUGAACUUACUAACACUGCCGUAGAUGCAGGUAUCUCAGUUUUCAUUAAGAGAUUAAAAAAAUUUGAUAACAUAUUCUACCAAAACAUUGAAUAUAUCACUGUCUUCGAAAGUAACAUAUGUUUAGAUAAACCGCAUGCUUUGGAACUUUUGUACAUCAUAAAGCUACGUGAUUUGAACAAAAAGAAUUUAUUAAUAAUGCCUAACUGCGUAAAUGAUAAUCACUGGUGUCUGUUACUGGCUAACUUAAAAUCAUUUGAGCUUUAUCAUUUGGACCCGCUAAAAGGCAAUGGGGGAAACAAAAUUCUGAGUUGAUUUGUUAAUUUUUUGCAAUAUCGAAAUAAACUAUGUCAAACAAAGAUAAACAUUAUUAGAUGGUGUGUCAAAAAUAUAAAUGAUAAUAUUCCAGUACAAAAAGAUAAUGUUAGUUGCAGAGUUUUUGUAAUAUUUUAUGUGUCUGUGUUUUUAAAACAAAAUAAAUUUGAAAGUGAUCUGAAUGUAAAAAAUUUCCGUAAAAUGUUAGCUGAAUCAGUUAUACAGGAUUCUGAUGUAGUCACUGACCUAUGCUUCUAUUGUGGAACUAAAGGAAACCGAAAACAAACACGAUGGAUAAUGUGUCAGAUUUGUCGUAGGUGGGUUCACUACGAGCAAUGUUUUAAAAAUAACAUAAAUUUUGAAGAUAUAUCUAGGCCAGAAUAUAAAUUUAUAUGCAAAAUAUGUAAUGUGAGUAACCCAUUUCCGCAAAACAGUUCCCCAUAGUAUCAUGUAUAUUAUUUUCAAGUGAAAUUUUAAAUUUGCCAGGACCGGGUGAAAGGGUAACUGCGACAAAUGUUACUCCUAUGCCGAAUGGAGGCGUGUCGUAUGUUACAUUUAGGGUCCCGUUUAUUUUUUUUCAAAUGAAAUGUUAAAUUUGCCAGGUCCGAGUGAAAGGGUAACUGCGACAAAUGUUACUCCUAUGCCGAAUGGAGGCGUGUCGUAUGUUACAUUUAGGGUCCCGUUUAUUUUUUUUUCAAAUGAAAUGUUAAAUGUGACAGGGCUGAGUGAAAGGGUAACUGCGACAGAUGUUACUCCUAUGCCGAAUGGAGGCGUGUCGUAUGUUACAUUUAGGGUCUUGUUUAUUUUUUUUUCAAAUGAAAUGUUAAAUUUGCCAGGGCCGAGUGAAAGGGUAACUGCGACAAAUGUUACUCCUAUGCUGAAUGGAGGCGUGUCGUAUGUUACAUUUAGGGUCCCGUUUAUUUUUUUUUCAAAUGAAAUGUUAAAUUUGCCAGGGCCGAGUGAAAGGGUAACUGCGACAGAUGUUACUCCUAUGCCGAAUGGAGGCGUGUCGUAUGUUACAUUUAGGGUCUCGUUUAUUUUUUUUUAAAUGAAAUGUUAAAUUUGCCAGGGCCAAGUGAAAGGGUAACUGCGACAAAUGUUACUCCUAUGCCGAAUGGAGGCGUGUCGUAUGUUAUCUUUAAAGGUUUUAUUAAGUUUCAUUCUUGUUUAUUUUUGCACAGUUACAAAAUAUUAAAUUGAUUACAGAUUUGUUUCGAAUACUUAAUAAUCUGCUUUUUUAAAAGCUGUAUGUUGGUAGUAGAUAUUGUAUAUUGUUUUAUGUCUUUUUUUUUAAAAGAGAUAAUUUUCACAAAAUCAAACAGUCCUGUAUUUUGAAACAAUUCAAAUGUUGGUUUCACGAUUCAGUAUUGUUUGCUUUACGGUGACAUGGUAAUAGGCCUCUUGGGGAACUCGCCAUGUAAAAUAAAGAGUAACGAGUUGUGUGCUAUACCUCCUGAUGUAUACCACCUGUGGUAAACUUCUAAGGUGACCAGUGUUGCCAGGUUGAGGGAUAAAUCCCUCAGAGUAGGGAUUUUUUGCAUUGAAAGGGAUGGAGGGAUUUUAAGCCGACCAGGUCAUAAAUGUAGGGAUUUUCGGAGAGGUGAAUGUCGUCUUUUCUUGUUUGCGCUGCAGACACCUUUUAAUGAGAAUAUUCAGUCUUUCGAUAUUUUUGUCGGCGAAGUUGGUGCAUCUACAGCAUCUAUUUGUAACAGGAAUAGAUGUGUCUUAUGUUUUGUUACAUAUUGUCUUUGAUGUUUUGUAUGGUUUGUUUACACAUUUCGUGUUAGUGCAAAUUGUAUUGGUUACUGUAUCAUAAUUACUGAAUUAGUAUUACCUUUCUAUAGCAGCAUCUGGAGGUUGAAGACGAAGUGUAUGUAUGUUUCCUAUAUUUAAGUGAUAAUGUGUGACCCUGAAGCAGGGUCUUCUACCCCGAAAAGGGUCAGAAAAGAACCGGGAAAUGAGAAAAAGUCGUGGCGCAAGCAACCAUUUGUAGAUUCCUGGUUGGAAGAGCCGCAAUUUAAAGGUUGGUUAUCAAAGGCCAGUGAUAAUUAUAAAGCAAAAUGUUUGUGUUGCAAAAAAGAAUUGGUAGCAGGGAAAAGCGAGUUGGAAAGACACGGCGAUACUCCUACUCACAAAACAAAUGCAUUACAAAUAAAAAAUGUUCCAAAAAUUAGCGAUUUGUUUCGCAGAACAUCGGGUACAGAAGAAACUAAAACAAAAUUUGCCGAACUGAAAAUAGUAUAUGAUGUUAUUGAGCAUGACAGAAGUUUUAACUCAAUGGAACACAUUGUACAAUUGAAUCAGGUAGCUUUGCCAGAUUCAACAAUAGCACGCAGUAUUAAAUUGCACAGAACGAAAAUAACAUCACUCGUGAAUAAUGUUGUUGGUAGGGCCGUCCAACAAAAAAAUGCAGAAGUAUUGAAAGGAAAUUUCUUUUCUAUUCUAGUUGAUGAAAGCACUGACAUUGGCAACAAUAAAAAUUUGUGUAUUCUCGCAAAGAGCAUCGGUGCAAAUGGAAUUACCAUGAAUACGUUCCUACUUGAUUAUGUAAAAAUUAAGGAUGCAUCAGCAGAAAAUUUGUUUCAGGUAUUUAAACACUGCAUGUCUAAGUACGGUUUGCUCUUUGAAAACAUUGUUGGGUAUUGUAGUGACAAUGCAAAUGUCAUGGCUGGUGAAAAUAAUUCAUUUGUUACCCGUCUGCUGAAAGAAAAUGACGGUAUUAUUGUGUUUGGAUGUAUCUGCCAUUCUUUAAAUUUAGUGGCUAGUGCUGCAUCAGAAUGUCUACCGAAAAAUGUUGAAUCAUUGUUGCAUUUGAUUUUUUCGUAUUUUUCACGUAGUCCAAAACGCCAGGGCAUUCUUGAAGAACUUCAAGACUUUAUGAGAGCUUGCCAGGUGAGGAUGAUCAAUCCAUCUAAAACAAGAUGGUUAGCACUAGGUAACUGUAUCGCAAGAGUUUUAAGUCAGUGGCCAGUGUUGUUUUCUCUCUUUGCAGAGGCAAAAAGUGAAGAUAAGAAUACAGUGGCCGACAUCAUCUUUGCAGACCUAAAUAAUCCGUACACCAAAGCCUACUUGCAGUUUUUGAAUUUUGUUUUACCAACAUUUAAUUCAUUCAACAAACUAUUUCAGUCCGAUAAAGUACUAAUCCAUUGUUUUGCUAAUGAAGCUGAAAGAUUUUUAAGAUUGCUAGCUUCAAAUUUCCUGAAACCAGAACUGAUUUUAGGAGAUAGUUUGUUCACAUGUAAUGCCAAGCAUCCUUCUAAUAUCUUGCCAUUAAUUGACAUCAAAAUAGGGGCAGCAGCAGAAGAAACCAUAAGUGAUUUGAAAACAAGAUUUGACCAUGAUGUAAGCAAAGAUGUAGAAUAUUUUCGCCUCAGAUGCUUGCAAUUUCACCAGGUUGCUUUUCAGGAAACACAGAAAAGAGUGCCAUUACAACAAGGCUGCAUUCGUGCUUUGAAUUUUCUACAGCCCUCAAAUGCCUUGGGAGUUGAUAAGUCAAUUCAAAGAGCGAAUAUCGAGUUAUCGCCACUUAUCAAAAAAUUUGAAUCCAAAAUUGAUCCUAUUGCAACUAAAGACGAAUGGGAUCACAUGUCUAAUUAUUUUUCUAGUGAGGAAAAAACUGCAUUCUUGAAUUUGCCAAUACUAGAAUUUUGGAGGGAAAUUGAAGUAUGUGAAAAUUUCAAUGCUGAACUUCAGUUUAAAAAUAUUGGCAAACUUGCAAGAAUUUGUUUGUCGUUACCACAUUCCAAUGCUUCUGUUGAACGUAUAUUCUCUAUGGUUUCAGACAUUAAAACAAAAAAGAGAAAUAAAUUAUUUGCAUCCACAGUUGCAUCCCUUGUUCGUGUCAAGUUAGACAUGCAAAACAUGAAGAAAGCAUGCUAUGAAUACCCAGUAACUGAAAAAAUGCUGGAGUUGUUCAACGAAAACAUGUACAAGAAGGAUCACAAGGAAACUGAAAUUGCUGGACUUUUGGCUGCUGAAGACGAAGAAGAUGAAACUGUUAUCUAAUGUCAAAGUCUUUAGAACAAAAAAAAAGUGAAAUAUUUAAGGUAGAAUUGAAUAGAAAAUGUUGUGUGUGGACUAGGUGUAUCCUACUUCAUUAAAAACUAUUUUUACAUAUUAUUAAUACCAUAUUGUAUUAUUAUUACUUGUCCUAUAACAAAAAAAUAAUAAUGUAGGGAUUUUUUAAGGCUUGGAGGGAUUUUCUAAGUAGUCUGCAGGGAUUUUUGCAUUGGGGAACCUGGCAACACUGAAGGUGACUUGGAAACUGGCACAGGUAGCAGGGGCCGUUUGGUUUUGUUCCUGUGACUUAAUGCACUUGCAUCUCUAGGGUCUCCCUGCAGAAGUGAAGUGUUUGUAUAAAUCAAAACCUAAUUUUUCUGAAUUACGGCUCAGUCUCAGGCCGAAUACGAUAUUUCCUUUUCUUCUCGAUCAAUCAUUUCAUCAAUGUUUUUUUAUGACGUCACGUUAAAGUAUCGUCCGUAAACAGACUUUACAGACAACCAAUUUUGUUAUUUCUUGUGUUUCAUGCAUCUAAGGAUUAUACUAUCUGAAAAUAACAUUGUUCGUAGGCACAUGAAAACAAAUUUAAACUUAACAUGAUAUUAUUGAUUGUUGAUGUGUAGAUGGUCCUCAUAAAUGCGGAACUUCGUAUCGGAUGUCUUCUGGCUAUAAAAACUUGGGGUCUCCUUUUCAGCUAGUGGAGCCUGUGACAAUGAAGACAAAUGGUCACCUGAGAAUUGGAGUAUUUUAUGUCCAUUGAAGUCGGAACUUAGAUAUAAGCAUUUGAAAGUUCAAAUAACUAGGAAUAUCAUGACAUAGAUAGAACAAAAUAAUAUUGGUCUUAAAUUGAGAAGAAACAUUUUUAUGUGCGUAGACGUGUGUGGAUAAUGUCGCGGUCUGGAAAUUUCAUUAUUUUUUUUUCUUAAAUUUUAUUUUACUUUUGUAUCUCGUUAGGUUAACGUGUUGGUGUACGUGCACGUUUCCAGGCUCGGCCGGUUGAUUUCGACACGUGGGUAUUGGAAUAUAGGUUGCUGCGACAUUAGUUUACAGGCACCGCGGGCUUUUGCGAGGCUGCGUGGUUAGCUGAUUCUCGCGGGUCGCUGGCCAGGGCCCGCUGAGAGGUUGCAACACGCCGUUCCAGAAAAACCCGCUGUGUAACGUCGAUUUUGUUUGUUCUGCCACGCGAGGCUUUUGUGUACUCGUUUCGAGGACUCUGUCCUGAUUAGUGUUGCCAUCUGGCAUCCGACUUUGGAAACGUAGACUGAAAAAAACAAUCGAGCAGCGCAAGAGGGAGAGGGGGAAACUCGCUCGCGCCUGCGCAAAAGGAACAGCCUACUUCACUUGUUUUUCAUUUUUUCCUUGUGGGAAGGGGGGACAGCCAGUUCCCCCUAGGCUAAGUUUUCCCGGUGUUCGUGUUUUUUUUUUUCGGAGUGGCCCAGUUUUGUAGUUAAAACCUCCUUCCAGGGAGGGGCCGAGGCUUUUUGCCUGGGGACCUCUCUGGAAGCCGGGUCCACGUCGGUUUGAGACAACUUUUCUCAGUCUCCAGUCAGAGGGUAAGUGAUUGGCCGUGAUGGAUAGGGAGAUUAAGCUUCGGGCUGGACGAUCUUCGUCCUGUACUUAAUCUUUUAAGUAAUAAUGUAGUAUUAUUCCAUCCCUAUUAUUUAUUAUUUGGUUUUUUGGGAAAAAUCGACGUCUGGUUAUAAGCAUGUAUGUAGUGGUAACUGGGAAGUGUACUGUUCCUCAGCGGAGCUGCGGCGACGGCCAUGUUGUUGUAGCGAUAAUUGUUUGCCGGCUGACUUCACUGUAAUGUGUAUUUAAUGUAUGUAUUUAUUCGUUAAUGCCUUUGUUAAAUGAUUUAUUAUUAAUUUGUUAAUCAAAUAUUUGUUUAAUUAUUUUUUUUUAUCCUAGUGAAUAAACUCUGUGCUUGAAUGAACUAA